AUGGAAGAAGAAGCGGAUAUAAUCAGUAGAUUACCAGACAAUAUUCUGCAUGAGAUUCUUUCUUUUGUUGAUAUGAAACAUGCAGUACGAACUAGUGUUUUGGCGAAAAGAUGGCUAAAGGUCUGGAUGUCUAUCCGUAGUAUAACAUUAAGUUGGAGUGAAUUUUUAGAAGAGAAAACUGCAUUUUUGGAAGAAGAAGAGAUUGAUCAUGCUAUAGAUGGGCUACGGGAUAGGUUUAUAGGUAUCGUCAACAAAGUUUUCAAUCGCCGUGACGAGUACUCUAAUAUAGAGAUGAUCAAGUUAGGAUUUGUUAUGCAUAAUCAUAUUUUUGAAGAGAAUUUCAAUAGAUGGAUCCUUGAAGCCGUGAAAGGUAAUAUUCAAAGCCUAUAUAUGGAUGUAGGAUACUACAUGAACUCGGGAUAUAAGAUUCCUCGACAACUCCUUAAUUGUAAAACAUUGAAGAGUCUGAGUAUGAUGUUGGGUGAGUAUACAACUAUUAUUCUACCGGAGUCAACGAGCUUGCCCGAAAUCAGAACACUGUGGCUGGAUGGAAUUUCAAUCUCCAGUUCGGAGUUGCAAAGGCUUUUCUCAAGUUGUCCACUUCUGGAAUCAGUAAUCAUACAAGAGUGCGAUAUACAAACGAACACUCAAUGGAAUGUCAUUGUUGGUUCUCACAGCCUUCAAACUUGUAUUCUAAUGGACAAUCGUCAUACACAUCGGUGUUCGGCGGAUCAAUUUUUGACUUAUAAUACCAAGAUAUCUGGUCCAAAAGUGAAAGGCUUAAGGUGCACUGGCUUCCUGACACAAGAUUUUUCCUUGGAAAACUUUUCCUCUCUAGUCGCGGCUCAUGUUAAUAUGAGAUUAAAAGAAAACGAAGCAAAUGAAACUGCACAAACUUAUUCUGAGCUGUCCGCUGUGGAAAAAGAAGUUUUUGCCAAGCGCAUGAUGAAAGUUUUAGGAGCAGUUCAUAGCGUGCAACAGCUUACUCUGUCAUUUGGGUUCCUCGACGUUCUCUUACAAGCUCCUGGCAUAUUAAACGGUCAACCUCCUCGAUUGUGUAACUUGGAAAUUCUGAAGCUGGAAGUAAGGUUUACAAGAGGCUGUUUGCGUUCAAUAGCAUACUUACUCAAUAUAUCUCCUGCUAUAACAGCUCUUAAACUUAAAUCCUUGGAGUCGAAUUUAGCAGAAGUUGGAGUUGAUUGGGAAGAGGAAUUCUUAUUGGGGUGCACGUUUUCUCACCUCAAGUAUGUCGAGAUCAAAGAGGUGGAAGCAUGUGAUAAUGUAGUCAAAUUUCUGAGAUUUUUAACAAAAAACUCAACGGUUUUGGAGGAAGUGAAUUUGUUCUUUGGGUCUAGUGAUGCACCUGAUAGAGGGAGACGAUUAAGUGAAUUUGUAGAGAAUCUAAAAAAGUUUGAAGUAGCUUCUCCAAGUAUGCAAAUAAACUUUGUUAAACCACCGGAGAAGAGUUAA